AUGCCAUGCGGAGCGAUUGACAUCCGUGGCAAGGUUGUGCUGGUCACCGGCGGCGGAUCAGGCAUCAACCUUGCCUUCGCGAAGCAAGCUUUAAAACGAGGAGCCAAAGUUCUCGUCGCAGAUCUGAGGUUGACCGGCGAGGGACGGGCCUUCGUCAACGACAGCCCGUCAGAAAGUGUAUUCUUCGCCGAAUGUAAUGUCAGCAAGCGAUCCGAGCUGGAGAAGUUGGUCGCCGUAUCUCGAGAACAGUUCGGCUUCAUACCUGAGGUAUAUGUCGCCGGAGCUGGAGUGUUUGAGCCGCGCUGGUCGAGCUGGUGGGACGACACGGAAGAAGAUCACUAUGCGCAAUUCCAGAUCAACGCUUUGCAUCCGCUGAAGCUUGCCCGAAUAGCCACGCGAGCACUGCUUGCCGAGAACAGGAAGGGCGUGGUGCUGAUAGUAGCGUCCUUGGCUGGGUAUUCGGGCGCGUUCGCGGCGCCCUUAUACUGUGCUUCGAAACACGCGUGCAUCGGCUUCGUACGCUCAAUGCCAGAGCUCGACAGGUUGUCCAACAUCAAGAUCACGGCGGUUGCGCCUGGCAUCGUCGCGACACCAAUGUUCACGUCAGAUGCAGAACAAUCGAAGAAAUGGGGAUUCGACGCGGCAAACGCGGUGACUUCGGAGGAGGUUGCUGACGCAAUGAUGGACCUUGUCGUAAACGAUCAUCCGGAGGUACAUGCCUAG